AUGCUUGAAAAUAGAGAGUUAAACGACGAAGGAAUCGAGUAUUCUAAUAACGAAGAAAGCGAUGGAGAAUUGGAUUCAAUUCUACUUCAACCGGGUGAAUUUCGUAACGAAACACGAAUUAUUCAUAAAAAAUGCUUAGAUUGUGGAAAAUUUAGGACUAAUUUUGCAUGGUGCCAACCAUGUGAAACUACUUGGUUUAAGGAAAAAUAUCCAAGCAGUGUAGCUGAUACCUUUGGUAUUUCAAAAGAUCCAGAUGGAUUUUUCAUAUUUGUGAUGAGAUUUUAUGAAAAUGGAGAUUUAAAUCAUUACAUUGAAAAUGUCAAAGAUAUUAGCUGGAAAGAUAAAAUUGAUUUAUUAUGGGGUAUUACUGCUGGUUUGGAAAACAUUCAUCGAUCUAAUCUCUAUCAUGGAAAUUUACACGGUGGAAAUAUAAUGAUUGAAGAUGAAUCAAUCUCGACUGAUGGAAGAGUAACUGAUAUAGGAAUUCAUGGACCAAAAAACGCAUCACAAGAAACUCACAAAGAUGCGUUUUACACAAGUCGAUUCUUUGAUUUUCCAGAACUUAUAGAAAAAUUUGGUUUGGAAUUAUUACAGUCAAACAUCAAUAAUACCGAUAUCGAUAUCAAUCCUUUGUGA